AUGGCCAUUCUUCGCGCGAUCUUAGUUGUGGGACUGGCUGUUGUUUCAAAUGCACUCGACGUGUCGCAAAAUGAAACCGUCAUCACUAUCGCCAAUGAUCGCCUCUCGGCAGUUCUGCGCAGAUCCGUUGGUCAAAUCGAGCAACUGACUCUUGACGGACAAGAUUUGCUCGGGCAAAGAUCUGGGUCGACGGGCAUCGGGCCUUAUUUAGACUGCUAUUGCAUCCCAUCGGGGUUCUAUACGGCAGGCGCCACCACGCCGACGACUGAAGUUGUUCAGGGGGUGGACACUACCGGCACCCAAUACGCCGGUAUCAUCUUGACCGACGUCUACACCCCGACGGGUCAGUUAUUUCAACAAUAUUGGUUUCUCCGUGAUGGCGAGACUGGCCUUCACAUGUUUAGUCGACUUGCGUAUUACAACGAGACUAGCCCGUUCCUUCGAAAUCUGCAAGAACUUCGAACCUUGUUCCGCCCUAACACACCUCUUUGGACGCAUUUGACUUCGAGCGAGGUUCAAACUGCUCCACUGCCCAGUAAAGACGCCGUCGCUCAUGAGGUUGUUGUUCAAGACGCCACUUGGACCUUCAAUAACACCCCAACCGAUCCUUAUUACUCGCAAUUCUCGCAAUACUUUACUAAAUACACCUUCUCGAAUCCUUGGAGAAAUAACAGCGUGCACGGGCUGUAUGCUGAUGGUACACGGUCGUCCGGUAGCACCUACGGAGCUUGGCUGGUAAUGAAUACAAAGGAUACCUACUAUGGAGGCCCUCUUCACUCGGAUCUCACGGUGGACGGAAUUGUAUACAACUAUCUGGUCUCGAAUCACCAUGGCGAGGGAACACCAAACAUCACUCACGGCUUCGAUCGAACAUUCGGACCUCAGUAUUAUCUCUUCAAUGGUGGCAAGGGGUCCUCCAAAUCUCUCUCUGAAUUACGCCACGAGGCCCUACAGAUCGCCAAUCCCGCGUGGAACAUUGCUUUUUAUGACUCGAUCGCCAAGCAUGUGAAAGGCUACGUCCCUUCCAAAAGCCGCGGAAAAGUGCAGGGCUCCAUCAAACUACCCAAGAGUGCUGUGCGUCCCAUUGCGAUUUUGAGUGCCAGCGGUGUUUACUUCCAAGAUAACAGCGCCGUCCCAGAGGCGCGCCAGUAUUGGGUCGACAUUGACUCUCACGGUGACUUCACCCUGGAUUAUGUCACAGAAGGGACUUACCGUCUUACGAUUUAUGCUGAAGGAGUCUUUGGGGACUUUGUCCGUGAUGAUAUUGUGGUACGUGCCAGUAAAUUGACCAAGGUCCACGAUCACUGGAAAGAGGAGUCGGCAGGGACCGAGAUCUGGCGACUAGGAAUACCUGACAAGUCUUCUGGUGAAUUUCGCCACGGGAACUUUCCUGACUCCACCCAUCCACUUCAUCCUCCCGAGUAUCUGAUAUACUGGGGUGCCUACGACUGGGUCAGCGACUAUCCCCAAGGGAUCAACUUCACUGUUGGGAAAGAUGACCCUGCGACCGGGCUGAAUACUGUUCACUGGUCGGUAUUCGGUCCAACCCCAUCAAAUUCACAUGUUGAGUACGACACGACAAAUGAUUGGUAUAUUCAUUUCAGCUUGCGUGCAUCGCAAGUGCAUCAUGCGAAAAGAGCGAUGUUGACUAUUCAGUUGGCCGGAGCGAAGACCGCAGCUGGAAACACCGAUGUUUGGAAACCAGAGGAGCCCUACAAUAACCUGGCCCUAGAAAGCUACAUCAAUGAGCAGCCUAGUCCGUUGACUCUGGUUGUUGGCUUCAAUCAAUCCAGCAGCUGUAUUGUUCGAUCCGCGGUCAGUUGCUACCAGGUCCGCUCUCGUCUUUCUUUCCCAGCGAACUGGCUCCGCGCGGGGGACAACGUGUUGAGAUUGCAUCUUCCUUUCAACGCGACUGACGUAGAGACUGCAAUUCUGCCGAGCUCCGUAUACGUGCAGUACGACGCUUUGCGCCUAGAACUGGAUUCAUAG